AUGAACCCCAUCAAUGAAGGACCUGAUAAAGCCGAGAAGACGACAAAUAAGCAACAGGAUGUGACCCCAGCCAGCCAGCCCGAAAAUGACCCAAAUGAAAUGAGAAAGGAAGAAGAGGAGAAGCUCACCGAGGAGAAGACAAAGCAGAAGCCAGUCCAUGCCAUGACGCAGGCGCACUUCAUGGAAAUCGGAAUGGAUAUCUUGAGGCGACGAACUUCUGCAGCUACUGAGCUUGAGUCACUUGAGCGCCGAAUCCUUGCAGGGCUGGAGACUGAUGAAACAUUGACGCCAAAGGCCGAUGAGCUCACAGUACAGCUUGAGGCUUUGAUAAAAGAUCAAGAGAAGCUCCGUGACCUGAUGCAACGUCACUCUUGA